CAUUUGACAAGACAAAAGACAAUUGGCCAUCACAAAACACCAUCACCGUUAGUAUUAUCUUAUUCCAAAAGUUUGUUAAUUUGUUUUGUUGACACAUCUAGUAAGUACAAUUUUAGAUAAAGAAUUUCUUUACUUUGCUUAGUUUAAUUUUCAAUGUAAUAACGUAGGCAUUAUGUGAAGAUGCAUUGUUGCCAAUUAUAAAAAUGUAAUAAAAUACAGUGGUUAUUACUCAGAAAUUAACAAAACAGAUGUAAUAAGAUAAGCAUAAAACCAUGAAGAAGGACGUUGGAAAUCACCUUGGAAAACAAGUAGCAAAAAACAGUUACUAUUGUCAUUCUUGUGAGAAAACUAUAAUGUGCAAGCGUUUUAAGUUUAAACAUCAUUUAUACAUGCAUGGAAAAAUAAAUGCACGUUUCACUUGUGAAUUUUGUUUAAAGGAGUUCUACCUACGUGACGCUUACUUCCGCCACCUCAUGGCACAUAAAACGAAAAAGCGCGAAGAAACUAACGUGAAACAAGCACAAAAGUUACACUUUUGUGAUGUUUGUGGCAAGAGUUAUAUAGAGAAACGUAACUUGAUACAACAUUUUAGAGUCCAUGACAAUACAUUUAGACCUACACGUAUCCGAUAUAGCUGCAAAGUUUGCGGCAUAGAAUUUUGUGAGAAUCGGGUCCUAUUAGGUCAUAUAAGGAAAACACAUUUUAAUUUACAAGUCAAGGAAUCGCCUCAUAAGAAAAAGCUACCUAAUGAAACAUGGGUAGAGAAAGUAAUGCAGAGUGAUGCCUAUGUAGAAAUGACAAAACUAACCGACAAUGUUAUUGUUAUCAAAAAGUGCAUACUGACAGAGACUGAAAAGAAAAAAAUUAAAGAUAAUAGGAUUGUAAAGACAAUAGAUUAUGAAUCAUUUUACUCUGACAACAAAUAUCACAAGGCAAAAGAUGUAUGUAGAUAUUGCAAAAAGACAAUGUUGAAAAAGAGUCUUGCAAAUCAUAUCCGUGAAAGACAUUUGAAAGUGAGAAGAUAUAAAUGUGACACUUGUAAUUCUAAAUUUAACAGGCGGUAUCAGUGGACUAAUCAUACAUGUGGAAGAUCCAGGAGAAAGCGUUAGCCUUAUUAUAAUAUACACGGUGUAGAAUAACAAAAUGAUACUCACCAGUUCUAAAUUGGUGACUUAUUUGAAGAAAGACAUUUGCAUCACGUUAGAUAUGUUUUACAAGCCUGCCUAAGAGGGGGGAGACAUGUUCAGCAGUGGAUUCUUAUAGGAUGAAUGGAUAAUAAUUUAAGAAGUAUCUAUAGUAUAGGUAAAUUAAUAUUAAAGACAUCACACAUCAAAUCACAGACAUUUGGUUUAUUACAAAUUGAUCACAAAUUAUUAUAAAUAUGUGCAAUACAUACAUAAUACGACCAAAGAGUAAAUAACACUAUAAAGUGUGUUCCGAUUUACACUGUGACCAUUGUAAAGUGUGACGUCAAUUCAGUAUACUGUCAAGCCAUUCCUUUUUAGUCUGCUAUCCUGGUUACUGUUUAAAAUGGAAUGCAGCCCAGUAUACUUACUGUCAUCCCCAUUUUUCGACACUGUUUCGGAUUGCAGUCAUGCGAUCGCGCAGCCUCGGAAAAGUCGCAACGUCGCAUUUUGAACCACAGCGCCCGAUCGAUACCGUCCGUCCGAAUCACCAAAGUUCGCGUUCAUUCAUUCAAUUCGAGUAAUGAUUUAACAUAGAGAUAUACUUUUAAGUCAAUGAAUAUACCUGAUUUAAAAGCAUUGAUGAUUUUGUCGUCGUCAUUGCAUGAUGAAAUGAUUUUAAAAUAUCGAUGAUUUUAAUAUGUGACAUGAUAUCGGACUCAGUGCUCACAUUACAAAAAUGCCGGCGAUUUAUGACGUCAUAUAUUUCCCUAGACUGUGGCAGUAUACUGGCAGUCCAUAACGGAACAAAUUUUUCGCUAGUGAGAGCAACUGAGCAGUGCUCGCAGUGUAUAUUGAAAAACACCCUUAGUGAUUUAUAUAUUUUUGACUAUAUUUUUUUUAGAAUUAGAAUAAUAUUUUUUUUUUGUUUAAUAAAACAAUGUGAGAUAUUAACUUUUUUAGUUAUUGACUACUUGAUAUAUGUAAUGCAUGAAUGAGGAAAAUUUAAUUUUGCAUGUUUAUUUCUUUUUACCAUAAGUGAUUAUGUAGUAAGAAAAAGCGAGAAGUUAAAUUCACAUAUUGUUUACUAUAUUUGUCUAAGUUUAUAGGUAUACAAAAGCGGCAAAAUAAUAUAUUUACAUGAAAAGUGCAUCUAUCAACAUAAAAUUUUACACUAAAUUUUAAAUUUGUUAGUGCAUGUUGUGUUGCUGUACAUAUUCUAGAAGUAAAGGGAUUAUUUUUAAGUUCUUAAUUUUGUUUUGUGCGUGCUUUUCACUGCAAUUUGACAUUGAAUUAAUUAUAGCUUUAUGAGUCAAGAAUUGUGAUACUUUAAUUUUAAGAUUAAAAAAAAAACUAUAUUAACAUGUUGUUUGGUUUCAUCUAAUAUUGGAAAUGAUAAAAGAAUUUUAUAUGACAAAAACUAAAUAAAUAAAUUUCUUUUGAUGUUAAUCCGUAAUAAUAAAAAAAAUAUAUUAUUGUUUAAAAAACGACACAUGAUGCAUUCUUAUAAAACCGAAUUUUAUAUUUACAUGUGAAAACGCAUAUUCAAUUAAAAACUGACUGUCAUAUUUAUGGAAGCCAAUAUACAUGGUUAUUUUGCAAUAACCGGCCAAAUUUGCAGAGAAGGUACAGAAUAAGUAAUGGCAAAUGCUGAAGAAAAAUUAAUUUAAAAAAUCUCAAACAUUCUGUCCUUUUUAUCAUUUAAAUUCAAAAUGCGUGGUAAUGUAUUAUGUCAAGUGAUUGUCAUACAUAAAUAUCUAACGCCUACUAUUUUCAACGUAACGGCGUCGCUCACGUUACCAGUCGCACGGUUACAUUGUCCAAUUCACUACAGUCCAAGUUUAAUUUAUUCUCAUCAUGGUAGGCAGUUCUCUCUAUCACAAGGUGUACAUGGCACUGUCCCCACCAUAUGGUAAUUCGUAAGGGUCGAUCGGUCGGCAAAAACGUUGUGAAUUGAAUCGCACGCAGAGGAGCGCGCGUACGCGUUGUUGUUGCCCAUAAAUAACAUUACAUUUGGGAUAAUUUCAAAUAAAAGUAGAAGCCUUAUUUACUCGUAUUUUCAAAAACCGGAAUAGCGGUUAUAUUUGAACUUAAAUGUUAAUCUUUGGCUAUUCUUUGAAAAAUAACCCUGUAUGUAUAGGCUGAAAGUUGAUUUCUCUCUCAGUUUUCACUGAAUUACAAUAACCGCCUUUACACGACACGUGCUUUCACUCGUGUUUGGAGUGUGCGCGAUUGAACGCGGGAAAGCUUGCACGCGCAAUCGUGAGUGAUUGUUUUUAUCAAUUUUUAUGUGCGUUGACUUUUUCGCGCGUUAUUACUUCUGUAUUUUUGUUGAGACAGCAAAGAGCUUCGUGUAAAAGCUAAUCGUGCGUGAUUCAGUACGGGAAACUUACGUGACCUGGAGGUGGAGUGUAUGAAAAUCCACGCAGUUUUGUAAAAGUAGGUACUGAAGACUAGUGUUCUAAGAAAUGGACGAAAGGGUUAGAAGGGAUAUUAUACAAGCAGUUAUGUUUGCUGGAUAAGAGUAUAAUAGAUUAUUUAUUAAUUAAUUUAUUUUAAAAUAAUUUAGUUUUAAUAUAAUAUAGUAUUAAAUAAAAUAAAACAAGCAUGCCAACUUAAGCAUGCAUGAGAAUUGUAUAUUACUAAGUAUUUUGUAAUAAGAUGCUUGCUCCACAAUCUAAUGCCCGCCAUUUUACGGCGAUAAUCGUUUUCACUAAACCGUGCGUGUAAACUGUUUGAAGCACUUGAACCUAUGACUAUGAGAGGAUGCUCGAGCGGGCGGCGCGCGAGCGUUCUCGUUCCCCUUUUCUAUCCUUAUAUGUGCGUUCUUUCACGCGCGAAAGCCGAUUCACUCGUUAAAGAGCGUAUGUGUAAAGGCGGCUAAUAGAAAGAGUAGCUCUCUCUCUCUCUCUCUCUCUCUCUCUCUCUCUCUCUCUCUCUCUCUUUCUCUCUCCAUUAAAUCACAAAAGAGAGAAUCAAGGAUUUUAACUAAGGCUGUUAGGAUAAGACUCAUGGAGUGAUAUUUACCCGUGCCCGCAGCGUUAGCGGAACCGAAAUACGCGUAGAAUAUAAGAAAUAAAAGUAUAAGGCUAAAUUUCAGACGCGAUUUAAGCCCUCGAUGCGUUCCGUUGUUUGCGGCUGCCGUUGCAACGGUGGGCAACUAGUGUAGAAUCACAUCGAUCAAUCGCAAAAAUACUUCCUUGCGACCGUCCGAUUUGCGAUCGUCUCCUGCUAAGUUUGCGGGCGUUAUCGCCACCGCGACGGGAACAAAUCGACUAAAAACUGCAGUCACUAGUUACUCACACUCACUAAACUCACAAGUUUAGAAAUAGAUAUGAAAUAACAGUUCCUCUACAGCCGCGGGUGCGGAUAAAUAUCAGGCUUUGUGUUCUUAGGCUGAAUAAUAAAAGUGCCUUCCGUUAAAUGUAAAAAAAAAUAUGUUAUCGUUUAUUUUACUUGUUAAUGAGAUGUAGUUUUGGAAUAAAAAUAAAAUUGAUUUUGUUGGAAUACU